AUGCUCACCCCUACAACUGCUGCUAUCCAAUGGUUCUACAAACGAGGAGACAGGUGGGAGCCCUUCGGCGAGACAGAAAACGUUGCUUUGGAGGAAGCGUUUAUGAACAGAGAGUCCCUUGUUGAUCACUCAUCGUUCGUUGAAAUUUUAGAUUUUGGAAGAGGUGUCUAUCCAGCGUACGUUGACGAAAGAGUGCAAUACAACCAUGAAGCUGGUUCAAAGAGGGACAUCUUGCGUGGAAGCUGGUUUUUCCAACGAUCCGAUGGAUCUCUUUGUCCUUUCACUGAGAUUGAAGCAUACAAGCUUGAAGUCGGAUUUCCAGCAGGCAAGAUUUCGUUUUCCGCGAAUCGAAGGAGACUUUGCACAGGUACCUGCGUACGAUUCAUCCCAUUGAGCUCCGAUAACUUUGUUGAUGCUAUCCAGGUCAACUUGCAGAGCAAAUCAGUGCGUUGGGUUACCCCAGCAUAUGAGCCUGGCCACCUUCCCCGGCGCGAAGUGAAGCCAUUGAUCGAUGCCUGUUGGGCAAGCACCGAGCUGAGCUGCUUCCUGAUCAACGACGAAGAGAAAGUUGAAGAAAACAACACCUCGAACAACUCAUCUGGGUUUCCGACCCCGAGAGAGGAGGCUGAUCAGAUGCAAAAAGUUCGAUGGUGGUGGCGGGACAUUGGGAUGGGAACAUGGCAAGCGUUCAGCUUUGAGGACAGCAGGGAGAUUGAAAAAGCCUGGAAAAGUGGCAAUCCCACUGAGGUCGUCGCUCGUGAUGGAAUGUCUUGGAUAAACAUAAAGAAAUGCAAAGAUCAAAAUGGCAACACUGCUCUGCGUGCAAGGGAUGCCCUUGAUCUGGAAUACGUGAUCAUUCCAUGGACUUGUUUCCCGACGUCAAAGAAGAAACCGAGCAGUCUGAGAGUGUUUGGCUUUACAACUGGAUACAAAGUCAGAUCAAUCUUGACCGUACAAGAAUCUGAGAAUUUGAAAUUUGCCACCAACUCGAUUUUAGCUCAUAUCUAUAUCACGAGUAAGGGCAGAACUCGUUUUUUGGCUGGAGCAUGUCGGGUUCACAUGAUGUAUCAACAACAUCGAAGAGUAAUGCGCAAAUAUCAAUUUUCAAGCAAUUCUCUGUUGGACAAGGAGCAGGCUGCUUGCAUCUCUACUUUGGACGGAGCGCUUGCAAUCCUAUACUCGUUUGUCAAGGACAAAGCGAAUGGGUCUGACAGUCAAGUGGGCGAAUGGUGCGGUCUGGCGAAUAUUAGCAGAGCGGUGUAUGAUUCAUCCAUCAAUUGGAGGGUUGAAGCGAGCAAAUUUGGUUAUUUCCCACGUGCGGUAGAUCUAGGAAAGGAGAGAUUUGCUACGAUUUCAAAAAGUGGAGGCUUUGUGCAGGUUAGAAAAGAUUCUGGAACAAGGAGGUUGAUCGUACAGGGAUAUUAUGAAGGAAACGAUACGAUGAAUGAUCUGCCUGAUGCGCUGCUGGAAGAGCAUGACACUGAGAGCCUGUGGAAAUUGUGGCAUGAAGGGAACGACGAUCAAAAGACAAGAAUGAUGGAACCGCUUCUGCUGAGAUUAUGCUUUCCCAAAGUUAAGGUUGCUCUCAAGAAGAAGAUUCUCACUGAAAAGGAUUUUGUCGUCAACUACUGCAAGAUUGGGAAUUCCCCUCAAACCGUCUUGUUCUUGCACGGGUUUGGCACAGGGUUGGGGGUAUGGCUCAACUCGAUGGCAGAGCUUUGCAACUCAGCCACUGUUUUUGCGAUCGACCUGCCAGGCCAUGGACUCUCUUCACGGCCGGAUUUCAGAGAGGAUGGGGAUGCGAAGGCUGCCGAGAAUUAUUUCUUGGAGCCUGUGGAGAUGUGGAUCAAGGAGAUGUGUGGAGACGGGGAGCCGCUGGAAACGUUUGCAAUAGUCGGUCAUGGCCUCGGAGCCUACCUUGCCGCUCGACUGGCGUGUAAGCAGCCGGACCGUGUGAAGAAAGUCGUUCUGGUCGAGCCAUGGGGGAUGGGAGCGCCGAAGGCGAGCGAGGCGGACGUGCGGCUCCCGCAAAAGAGCAUGCCGAGCCUUUUCCCGUCGUAUUUUGUGAAUAAUGAGUCGACAUCCGGUGCUGCGAUGAACCCGCAGUACAUCCGGGUGAUGAGGUCGAUCACGCUGGACAAGCUGAAGGAGCUGUCGAGGAGCUACUUGCAGAUCUGUGCGGUGGGGAGGUGCUCCACCUCCUUCUCUGCGGAGGACGUCAUGAAGCAGUCGCCCUUCUUGGCAUGCAAAGCUCUUUCCCUGGGAGGACGGUUGAUGUUCCCUACUCGCCCUCUUGCACCCCAGAUCAUGGGCGACAAAGGUUAUGGACCAGGAAUUCGAGUGCCGGUGACGAUUCUUUUUGGAGACAACACGAUUCUCGAUGCCAGUGCGAGUCUCGAAUGCUGA